AUGAAUCCCAUCAGCUCUGAACACAACCAGCGUGGCGAGCAGCUGGAGGACUCGGUUUUGGAUCUCAAAAAUGUCCCAGUGUUGACGCCAGAACAGGAGAGGAAACUGUGGAGAAAGAUUGACCUGCGGAUAGUGCCUAUCCUCAGUUUGAUGUAUCUUCUGGCUUUCCUUGACAGAAGUAACAUCGGUAACGCGAAGUUGGAGGGGCUUGUCACUCAGCUGGAUCUCACGGGAAAUAGAUUCAACAUUACAUUGGUACGUAAUGUGUGGUUUGAUCCAUACUGCUUGCUUGAAUGUCCCGCUAACCUGGUUCUUAAAGUGUUCAGGCCAUCCAGGCAAGUUUUCGUGUUAACCUUUGAGAAGCCUAUCGCCAGGACACUCAUGGCUUUCGUGAAGACAUACCCUCAGCUUGUUGGAGUGCGAAUCUGUCUUGGUAUUGCUGAGGCAGGUUUGUUCCCUGGCGUGGUUUAUUACCUUACUUUGUGGUAUCCGAGACACAUGUUACAAUAUCGAAUUGGCUUGUUUUUUGGUGCUGCAACAGUUGCAGGUGCUUUCUCCGGUUUACUAGCCUUUGGGAUUGGCUACAUGGGUGGCAUGGAAGGACUCGAAGCAUGGUCUUGGAUCUUCAUGCUUGAAGGCCUUGCAACGAUAGUUGUAGCCAUCAUUGCUUUCUUUGUGCUGGUCGACUUUCCGGACACAGCUAAGUUCUUGACCCCGGAAGAGCGUGCUUUUGUUGUGUGGAGGAAAGUGAAAUACGACAAUUCAUCAGUCGGAGAGGAAGAGAGGUUUGCCUCCAGGCACGUCUGGGCCGCGUUCAGAGACUGGCAGGUCUGGCUUCAUAUCCCCAUUUACGUAUCAAUCGUUGGGCCUCUGUAUGGCAUCACCCUGUUUCUCCCCUUUGGAUAUAACACGCCAGUCAGCCAGUUGCUCACCGUGCCACCAUAUGUUGCCGCAACUCUCACAUUGCUCGUUUUUGCAUACUACUCGGACAAGUUGAAAAUACGAUCCCCUUUCAUUCUUGCUGGCCUUACAAUGUGUCUCAUCGGCUUUUCGAUGAACAUAUCGACUGCACCCAUUGGGGUCAAGUACUUUGGGACUUUCUUGAUUGUCAUGGGAAGCUAUGCAGCAUAUCCUGGAAUCAUUUCUUGGCUCGGAAACAAUCUUUCCGGCCAGUACAAGAGAAGUGUUGGCAUGCCCCUCCAAAUGUGCAUUGGAAACUUCAGCGGUGCAGUUGCAGCCGUCAUCUAUAGAUCGCAAGACUCCCCUCGUUUCGUUCUUGGGCAUGCAUUGGAACUCAUGUUCGUCGGGAUUGGAUUCAUCUUUUUGCCAAUUGUGGCGUUCAUUUACAAGAGGAUCAACGCCCAACGCGACGCUACUGAACGCCUCGCAACGGAACGGGGAGAGAAAAUCCAAUAUUCGGAACAGGAAUUGCGAGAACUGGGAGACCGUGCGCCUGACUUCAGAUACACAUUAUAA